AUGAGUUGUUUCAUGGGGUCAUCCACACUAAACAAAAGUACAGAGAACGAAGGAGCAUCGAUCGCUGCCUCUUAUGAACCGAACCCGCCGUGGAAUGAUGGGAGACAGAUAACAAUAUGGGAAGCGGUGGCACGUAACAAAGAAUCACCAAACAAUAUCGAGGCAAAGUGUUUCACAUUCCGUGAAUUAGCAGCCGCGACGAAUAGUUUCAGGCAGGAGUUCUUGAUUGGGGAAGGAGGGUUCGGGAGAGUUUAUAAAGGAAAGCUGGAGAAGACAGGACAGGUGGUGGCUGUGAAGCAACUUGAUCGGAAUGGUUUACAAGGGAACAGAGAGUUUCUGGUAGAUAUCUUCGUGUUAAGUACUCUUCAUCAUCCCAAUCUUGUCAAUCUUAUUGGAUACUGCCUUGACGGAGACCAAAGACUUCUUGUUUAUGAGUUUAUGCCUCUUGGUUCCCUUGAAGAUCAUCUUCUAGAUGUUGCACCGGAACAAGAACCAUUGGAUUGGAACAGUCGGAUAUUGAUAGCCUUUGGAGCUGCAAAAGGACUCGAGUAUUUACACGAAAAAGCUAACCCUCCGGUGAUUUAUCGAGAUUUUAGAUCGUCAAAUAUUUUACUCAACGGCGAUUUCGAUGCAAAACUGUCAGAUUUCGGUUUGGCAAAACUUGGUUCGGUUGGAGAUACACAAAAUGCAUCUUCCCGAGUUAUGGGAACCUACGGUUAUUGCGCUCCCGAGUAUCAGAAAACCGGUCAGCUCACGGUUAAAUCUGAUGUAUAUAGUUUUGGAGUCGUUCUGUUGGAACUCAUAACGGGUAGACGAGUUAUCGAUACAACGAGACCGAGUAAUGAACAAAAUCUGGUUACUUGGGCACAACCAAUUUUCAAGGAACCGAAUAGAUUCCCGGAGCUAGCGGAUCCACUUCUUCGAGGCAAGUUUCCUGAAAAAAGUCUAAACCAAGCCGUAGCAAUAGCGGCAAUGUGUCUACAUGAAGAACCAAUAGUUCGACCAAUAAUCCGCGAUGUCGUUACCGCCUUAAGUUUUAUGAGUACAGAAACCGGUUCGCCUUCCGGUUUAACCGGUACCAUCCUUAAUUUUCAACCUUCGUCUGGUAAGACUCACACCGUGGAGGACCUGCUUCAAUAUGAAUCAGCUCCAAGAGAUGUGAACUUGUUACGAUAA